ACAUCCAGCAGGAGGCGCUCGUGUAUCUCGGGAUAGCAGAUAGUUUUGUUGCAGGAAGUUCCCAACAGAAGAAGAAGAGAGAACCAGCGAUGGUGCGGGUGAAGUCUAGGUAUUUACUGUGUGAAGUCAACGUGUCAGACCGGAGCCGCCUGUUGCUGCUGGAUGACCGAGCUGUGGCUGCGGCUGUGAAGGCAGCGGUGGCCCGUAUACACGGAGACUAUGGAGCAGCUCUCUGCAGCAUCAGAUUCUCUGUGAAAUAUCUGAAUACCCACACUGGAAUAGUAUUCCUGCGUUUCCCUAAAAGGUGUUACAAACUCCUGUGGUCUGCUUUGCCUUUUAUUACCAGUGUUGAAAGUCGAGGGCAGAAAAUCCCAUGUUUUCUGAACUGUUUGCACGUAGGAGGAACCAUUAGAACAUGUCAGAAGUUUCUGAUCCGAUACAACACACAGCAGCUCCAUCGAAUGCUCCCCACAUGUAAAAACGAAGAAGAAAAACAACAGGUGCGCCAAGCUAUUCUAAACUGCUCCCUAACAAGAGGAAACCAGAAAGAUGAAGAUGAAGAUGUAUUAGAGAGUGAAGAUGAGGAAGAGUAACCUCACAACAUGCAGGAAAAGGCAGAAACUGGUUCUUUUUGUUACGUGACAGAGAGGAGGAUGUGAAGCAAGAAAUGCCUUCCCAACUCUUUGGAAACGUGAUUCAUUGCAGCCAGAGAGCAUUUGUUACUUAAGAAAACUGACUGUGUGCUCCUCUUCCUAAGAGGGACAGAUUACAUGAUGUUUGUUUGUUUGGCCUGAUGGUCAGCAUGAAUAUCCUAUAACAGAGAGAUCACAGGUUUGAUCCUCAGAAAGGCUAACA